AUGGGCUCCAUGGAAGCGUCGACCGCACCGGAGAAUGGCUCCGCCGCCAGCGGCGGAGCCGGGGGCACGGCGUGCAACGGGGCCGGCGCCUCGUCGAACGGAGGAGGCAUGGAGAGGAGGCUGAGGUCCUCGGCUGCGUCCGCGUCGUGGGCGGCGCACCUUCCCCUGGAGGUGGGCACGCGCGUGAUGUGCCGGUGGCGCGACCAGAAGCUCCACCCGGUCAAGGUCAUCGAGCGCCGCAAGGGCUCCGCUUCCUCUUCCCCUGCUGACUACGAGUACUACGUCCACUACACCGAGUUCAAUAGAAGACUCGACGAGUGGGUUAAGCUUGAGCAGCUUGACCUUGAUACUGUCGAGACCGAUGUUGAUGAGAAAGUAGAAGAUAAGGCAACUAGCUUAAAGAUGACACGGCACCAGAAGCGUAAAAUUGAUGAAACGCAUGUGGAGCAAGGACAUGAGGAGCUUGAUGCAGCCAGCUUGCGGGAACAUGAAGAAUUCACAAAGGUGAAAAAUAUCACGAAGAUUGAACUUGGGAGAUAUGAGAUAGAUACAUGGUAUUUCUCUCCUUUUCCACCCGAGUACAAUGACUGCCCGAAGCUGUUUUUCUGUGAAUUUUGCCUCAACUUCAUGAAGCGCAAAGAACAGCUUCAGAGGCACAUGAAGAAGUGCGAUCUUAAGCACCCCCCAGGUGAUGAAAUCUAUAGAAGUGGAACUCUGUCGAUGUUCGAGGUUGAUGGGAAGAAGAACAAGGUUUAUGGACAGAAUCUUUGUUAUCUGGCCAAGCUAUUUCUUGAUCACAAGACAUUGUACUAUGAUGUUGAUUUGUUCUUGUUUUAUGUCCUCUGCGAAUGUGAUGAUCGGGGAUGUCAUAUGGUGGGAUAUUUCUCUAAGGAAAAACACUCUGAAGAAUCUUAUAAUUUGGCUUGCAUUCUCACUCUCCCCCCAUACCAAAGAAAAGGAUAUGGGAAGUUCCUGAUUGCUUUCUCAUAUGAACUUUCCAAGAAGGAAGGUAAAGUUGGGACACCAGAGCGCCCUCUUUCUGAUCUUGGUCUGCUCAGCUAUAGAGGUUAUUGGACUAGAGUGCUUCUAGAAAUUCUAAAAAAACAUAAGGGCAACAUAUCUAUAAAGGAACUGAGUGACAUGACGGCGAUAAAAGCAGAUGACAUUUUGAGCACGCUGCAGAGCCUGGACCUAAUCCAGUACCGCAAAGGGCAGCACGUCAUCUGUGCUGACCCGAAGGUCCUCGACCGCCACCUCAAGGCGGCGGGUCGGGGUGGCCUGGACGUCGACGUUAGCAAGCUGAUCUGGACUCCCUACAAGGAGCAAGGCUAA